CGUAACAGCCCCCCUCUAUAUAUUUGGACUCCAAUAAAAAAAAAAAAACUCGUGUUCACUUCGUACCAGCUACUCUCACUUUCUCAGAUUUUUAUCCUCUCUCGAGAAAGAUCGUUCUGUUUCUGACUUUAGCCAUCGUUUGUUCCUUCUCAUUUGCGUUCUGUGGAUCGAUCUCACUGUGUUUCUUGGCUAAGUAUCUUAAGUUUUGAGAUGGACAUUAGGUUAUAUUAGCUCACUCUCGAGUGUUUCAGAUUUUUAGCAGAGAUGACGAAGAACUACCCAAAUGUGAGCGAGGACUACAAGAAGGCUAUUGAGAAGUGCAGGAGGAAGCUCAGAGGCUUGAUCGCUGAGAAGCAUUGUGCACCUAUCAUGGUCCGCCUCGCAUGGCACUCUGCUGGAACAUUUGACUCUGCCACAAAGACUGGUGGUCCCUUUGGAACAAUGAGGUUCACCGAUGAGCAAGCUCAUGAGGCCAACAGUGGUAUCCAGAUUGCUCUUGGGUUGUUGGAGCCCAUCAGGGUGCAGUUCCCUACCAUCUCUUUUGCUGAUUUCCAUCAGCUUGCUGGUGUUGUUGCUGUUGAAGUCACUGGUGGACCUGAAAUUCAGUUCCACCCUGGAAGAGAGGACAAGCCUCAGCCACCUCCAGAGGGUCGUCUUCCUGAUGCUACAAAGGGUUGUAACCACUUGAGAGAAGUCUUUGCAAAGCAGAUGGGUUUGACUGACAAUGACAUCGUGUCUUUAUCUGGUGCCCACACUCUGGGGAGAUGCCACAAGGAUAGGUCUGGCUUUGAAGGUCCUUGGACUUCAAACCCUCUUAUUUUCGACAACUCUUAUUUCAAGGAGCUCCUGAGCGGUGAGAAGGAAGGUCUUAUUCAACUUGUCUCUGACAAGUCACUAUUGGACGAUCCCACAUUCCGUUCUUUGGUUGAGAAAUACGCUGCUGUAUGCAUCCUCUCUUUCUAAACUUUGCGUCUUUUC